GCCAACUGGUCCAGUGGUGCAAGGACAACAAUCUGUUCCUCAAUGUGGAGGAAACCAAAGAGAUCGUUGUGGACUUCAGGAGAAGACCUCUGCAGCAUCCCCCUCUGCACCAUCAAUGGUUGCUGCUGUGGAGAGGGGAAGGAAACAAAGAUGAAAAGGGUUUCCACCAGUCAUCUGCAGCAACUUGCCAUCUUCACCACCAUGCUGACCGGUGCAGGGGUCGGCACCAUGUACUAUCUGAUGCAGAAGAAAUUCGCUGGGUCAGACUACCACAGACUGGCUCUGCAGAAGUUGGAAGAGAGUCCAGCUGCCAUGGAAAGCCUCGGGGUUCCACCUUUAAAAGUCUACAGCAUCCAUCUGACGGACAGACACAACCGUGUAGAUCAAGAAACUGCACAGAUAAAGAUCCCUGUGAGUGGGUCAAAGACUGGAGGUUACUUGUAUACUUCUUCAGUUAGAGACCCUAAUACCAACAGGUGGUGUCUCAAGCAGGCAGUGCUGAAGCUCCGGGAAGGGCAGACCAUCAACCUGCUGACUCCUCCUCCACCGGCUGCAGAGCGCCUAUUAACUUCAAGUACUAAUGAGGACAAUGAAAUAGGGAAUGGUGCUGCUUGGACAGGUGCUGGGUAGAAGUGGUUAACCCAAAUAACUGGGAGCUCUGUGAGUGUCACUGGGCUCUAGAACAGACUGCUCGGGCUUGUGGUCCUUUUGUUGUGUGUCCAUUUUUGGUUUCGAAUAAAUUAUGAGUUACA